AUGCCUACCCGACAGCCUACCCAGCGAAUAGCGAAAUUUUUCGAUUACAUGAGAAAGAACGAAAGACUAGACGAUUUCACAAUCCGGGAUAAAGCUCUCGAUUCGACCAAGAUUCCAGCAUGGCACCUCGUCCGACACCCGCCUGUUCCUGAGUCCACCGUUAUUCAGGGUAAACCUCGCUCUCCCUACUCGAAAGCUUAUAGGACGUUUCAGAAGCAAGAGGGUGCCAGGUUACGGAAGGCCUUGAAUCGACUCACCCAUGGCCGGAAUAUCUUUGUCUACAACAACAUACGAACAAACCAGGUCGUGUACUCACUGACGCGGUAUCUUGAGAAAAACAAUGUCCUAUCACAGAUGGUCUUCCACGGCAAGAAAACAGUGCCAGCCACCCUCAGAAAAGACAUGUGGGCUCCGUUUUAUUCUGUCCACUUCGAUGAUGCCAAAGUCGGGCUUCGCGCAUACCAGCUCCUCCGCGAAUUUUCCCUUCAAAGACAGCUUGCGCCGCCGAAAGAAAUGAUUACCAUCACCGAAAAAUGGCUAGAUCAAAAGAGACCGCGGGACAUGAUGGAGGCUGAGAAAUGGGAAGAGGAAAAUAAAAUGAAUGAAAAGGUUGGAUGGAUGAUGAACAAGAAAGACCGAGCUCGUGUUUUGAUGGAUCAAAAGGCCACCAGUGUCGCAGAUAUUGCGGCCGUUCUAGAGAUCCAAGAAAAGGAAUUGGAGGAAGGAUUUGCGUUGGGCACAAGAGGGUAUCUCACACGCAAAGCUCGCCAACGCAGAAGACUGGGGAGAAAGUUGGAAGCGGAGGCUACGGAGCGAGCCACGGAGCGAGUGCAAAAAUUCGAAGAUCAACUUGAAGACCUUGCUGGCGUUAGCAUUGAAAACCCAACCGGCCACAAUGAAUACUCCGUCGAGUCCAAACAAGUUAAGAUUCUGUGGACGGACAUUUACGAUGCUCAAUAUGCUAAAUCAUGGCCGGAGCGUGUUAGUCAUGGCCAUCUGGCUUUGCUUCAUGACCAUGUCAUGCCUGGUCAGAAGCGAGUCGAGGGUGCUGAGGUUGAUGAGGGCGACGACAUUCUAGCCCAUGACAACUUCACAGAGAAAGAGUCUGUCCCUUCUACAAGUAGCUGA